AUGGAGAAGGAACGCAUGGAGCCGGAGACUAUUACGUCUGUGCAUGUGAUGAUAGAUUAUCUCUGGGGUCUAGAUAUUAAAAAGCGGCUACAUGUGCUCACCUUUUGGUGGUUGUGGUGGUUAAAUGGGAACAAACUCAAAGAAGGAAAAAUGCCUCUUGCGGCUGCAGAAGUGGCUAGAUGGACCAGGAGCAAUGUUCUCGAAUAUCUGCACAUCUUCGGGGAAGCAGCUGACAAGGCAACCCCAGAGAGAUGGCGACCUUCGGUGGAGUCUGAUUAUAAGAUAAAUGUGGACGGCUCUUUUGUUCCUGGUCAGCACCACGCCGGGUGGGGAGUCGCAGUAAGAUCAAAAGAGCGCAUCCUGCUAUGUGCUCGGGCAGGGAGGAGUGACAACGUAAGCGAUGCUUUUGUUGCUGAAGCCGUAGCUAUGUCCCACGCGAUCAAUAGGGCUGUCGACCUUGGUCUGGUACAAGUAGAGCUUGAGACGGACUCGCAACUACUGGCUGAGGCGUUGGACUUGCGCAAGGUGGAUUCUUUGGCGUACGCAGCUGUGAUCAAGGACAUGAAAUACCAAUUGAAGCUCUGA